UCACGUGACUUGUCGGAUUGUUUGGGGCCGCGCGUCUUUCAGUGUUGGCGGGUAUUGGUAACCAGUCGCAGUAACGCUCAAUUUCCCAGAAUAGAAAUACUUUAUUGUCUCGUUUAUUUAUUGGUGUUGACAAAAUGUCUAACUGGCUCAGAGGUAAAGAGUGUGUUGCUAACAACAGCGAGCACGACAAAAGGAGUGACGGCCCCUCUCGGUGGUCCCACUGCAGGAAGAGAGGGAUUGAUGGAAAUCUCAGGGCCAACACAGAAGCUAAUGGUAGCAAUGGGGAGAAGAGUAGGCACAGUGACAACAGCUACACACAUUCAGACAGCAGACAUUCCAGUUUCACCACUCCAGAGAGUAAUGGUCCUGUGACUCGCUGCAAUAGACGAAUGGACUGGGGAAGUCAGAUGGAGGAUGAGGAGAUGAGGAGGGGUGUACACAAAGACAUGCAGCGUUACAGAAGGAGGAUACUGGCCGCAGAAGGUAACCAAAGAGAGAGAAAGACUUCCUCUGGCUCAUCUGAGAGCUGUGACUCUAAAGAGGGAGACAACAUGGAGACAGAUGAGGCUGUGUUGCUCCGCCGACAGAAACAGAUCAAUUAUGGCAAGAACACACUGGCCUAUGACCGAUACUUAAAGGAAGUUCCGAAACACAUGCGUCAGACAGGCAUUCACCCAAAGACUCCCAAUAAGUUCAAAAAGUACAGCCGCCGCUCCUGGGAUCAGCAGAUCAAGCUGUGGAAAGUCAAACUUCAUGCCUGGGACCCACCAGCAGAGGAAAGCCAAGACAAAGUCCUCAAUAACAUUGAGGACCUGGAUAUUGAUGAUGUCAUGGACAUUGAGCUGGAUUUCCCACCUUUGACAGACUCCCAGGCCCCCUCAGCCUCUCUGGCCACCCACAGUCUUUCACUGGAGGAUGAAGAUUGCUCUGGUACUCCAGUUAAAAUACAGAAGACAGAAAAUGCAGCAGAAUCUGGUGUGACCGCUAAUUGCUGACAUCAACCCAGAAAAUGUAACAUUCAUAAUUCAAGUGGUUCUGCUGACCCCACAACACUUAAACAAAAGACAUCUGUUAAACAAAUCAGCUACUCCAUCUUCUCAAAGUAAUGUGAUGCAUCUGCAGAGUUCUUUUUGGACAUUUUUCUAUAUUGCUUGUUGAAUUGACUUUAAUACCUUUUAUUUGCCCAGAUCUGAUCUGCUCAGGGAGUCUUGCAAUGACAGUCUCAUGUUCACUCAAGUCGAGUCACUGAAAAUGGUGAAGGGUUUGUUUGUUUAUUUUUUCAAAAUCACUUGCGCCCUGUAGCAGUGGCAUCUGGGUUUGCUGAGGUCCAUUAGCUGUAAAUUUUAAACCACAUCCUGUUUAUUCUAUUAAAAUCUUCAAAAAGCAAGAAUAUUAACAGAUUGAAUACUUAGAGUUGGAUUUUUUGUUUUGUUUUUUUCAUUUAAAUAUUUCACAUUGAUUUUUUUUCAUUAUUUCACAAUGAUGAGAUUUUUUUCAUGGACAGUUUUAAAAACAAGUUUUGGUUAUGGUUGGUUGUGAUUUGUUUGUACAUGGGCUGUUCUUUUUAAACAAACUGUUUCAUACUGCUGUUUUCCUUCUUGUUAAAGACUUUGAAAUAAAAAAUGUUUCUGUCUGUCAAA